AUGCAGCGAUCCGGCUCAACGCCCACGGCCGCCAAUGCACCAUUCUUCUCCUCCUCCUUCUUCUCCUCCUCCUCAAAGUCUCGCCCCGGCACGUCAUCAGGCGAACAGCAGCAGCAGCAGCAGCAGCAACCUCAGCCGUCCCAGACCCAACCGCCGCCGCAGCCCUCGCCCUUCUUCCCGCCGCCCCUCCAGCAGCCUUCCGGCCCCAACGUCCUGGUCAAGGAUCGCAAGACCUCCUUCGGCCGCAAGACCUCCUUCAGCUCCCCCUCCAAGCGCCGCGCCAACAGCUCCAGCUCCGCCGCAGGAGGCAAUGUCGUAGUCACCGACCGCAACGUCCCGCCCGCACUCCCCGACUUCGCCCUCGCCGCCGCCGCAAAGAUCACCCGCGACACGGAAAACAUCCAGAGCCCCGCCUCCGCCGACAGCUUCACCAGGAUGCUGAGCCGCACGCAGACCGGCUCGACGAGCAUCGCGCCCAGCGACCGGCUACAGCCCCCGCCCGUGUCUGCGACGCACCCCAACAUGUGGCAGUCGAGCGAGUCCGUCGUGUUACACAUGCAGAUGCUGGAAAUGGCCAACAAGAGGAUAUCGACCCUGGACUACCUGCGCAAGGCACACGAAGGCCGAGUGUACUGGUUCAACACGAUCCUCUUCGACAAGCCCGACCUGGCCCGCAUGCCCUCGUACGAAUCGCGGAAGCUCGCUCGCCGGGCCACAAACUACCUCUUGCUCGGCCUCUCCCUCCCCACCGUUGUCGACCUCUACGCCAACACCCCGAUCGAGUUCCUCCGCAGUCUCAACAACCUCCUCCAAGAGUUCGAGUCCUUCCAGCAGCUCCACAGCGAAGGCGGCAGCUCCACGAGCUCGCUCUCGCGCGCGCGACUGCCGUCCAUGUUCCGGCGCCAGGGCGGGAAGUCGCGGCGCAGUACGAGCGGCGCCAACGACAUUGGAUACCCGCUCGACUCGGACCCAGGGAGCGCCAGCAGCUACGGCGGCAUUGGGGGCUCGUCGAGCGCGAGCGCGAGCGUCAUGUCAUUCGCGUCCAGCGACAACGACCUGCUUCCGGGCGAGGUGUACACGUACCUGCUGACGCCGUCGCUGCCGUUCGAGCCCGACUUUUACGAGACGUUUGCGACGCUCUGCGAGGUGCUCAUCGAUGUCUACUCAAAGGUGCUGACCCUGGUGCCCACGCCGAGGGAGACGACGACGCCGAUUGCCGAGCUGUUUGCGAAAGCAGACGCCAAGGUGCGCAAGAUCAUUGUGCAGGGCGUCGUCAAGGAGUUUGAGGACAACAGCAGAGCGCACAUCAAGACGGAGAUGGGGAACAUUGGCAAGGUCGUGCUCGGGGGCUUAAUGUGA